AUGCACAAUCUAUCAAUCACGAACGACAGAUCCUACUACGAGUACUGGAAGUUGAAGGAUCCAAAUGACCAUGAUUACUCUGACGCUCCCCCGUCGAAGACUCCGCCUUACAAGCCUCCUGGAUUCGUCCUUCCGCAACGACUACAGGAUACCAUCGUUUACAUAUCCUCACUAUGGCCGAANAAACUGCCACCGCCUACGCCCGAAGCCGAAUCUCUUGUCUGGAUGCUGAAAGCCUUGGAAGCAGCCACGGAAACUUACCUUGAGGAACUAAUUCAAUAUGUCAUGAUAACCAANCCCGUACCGCUCGAGAACUCGGAUAUCUACAAAGAAACCAUCAAAUCGGCAACUUCCACCCUGGGUUUGACAAUGGGCAGUCCACACCUUCUUGCCGCUAAAGCCGCAGCCAGAGCACACGAUAUCAAAGGAGUCUGCAAUGAUCUAUAUGACCCAGGGCCUGAUUANUGCAACGCGUUUGUUCGUGGCUAUAAACCACAACCGUGCCACCUUUUCUGCUUGGCUAUAAACCACAACCGUGCCGCCUUUUCUGCUUACUUGAUGGAAGAAGAGUGUAGUCACUUUGAAGAACUCAGGGGUUACCAUAAUAGCUCCCUCGGUAGCGCCAGCGACAUACCUAGGGAAGAAAGAUUGGCUGUGAUGAAGCAUGCUUUGGAAGAACUUNNCAAACCGCCUUACCCUGAGAUGUGGUCACCCGCUACUCAUGUCCAAGAUAUAGUUCUAUAUGGAGAAGCGACGGAAGACACGGUGUUGCAACCAGUGCUUGGGGACAGUUUUGGCGACAAACUCGGCAGUCUGGAGAUUAGAAGACGAGCGAAAGAUCAAGAGGCAGUGAACCCUCUGUUUGCUGCUUCAAGGGGUGCGGCCGAGUAUUGUGUGGACUGGGACAUUGAUUGGAAUGGUCCACACCGAUGCCUGCUAUUGCUUACGAAGGAAGAAGCAGCGAAACUUGACCCACCAAAUGUCAAAGCAUCGAAGGAAGAACUAUAA